UAGCCUGUCUCUUCACUGGAACUGAAGAUUCCUCUAUUCCUUAUUCUUGGACCUUCCCCCUGCUAGCCACAAGGGCACCUCCUGGGACUCCCCAAUCUUUUCUAGACCAUUCUACAACUCCAUAAGGACCAGUUGAACCUCUACAUGGAGAAAGAGAAACUGAACAGAGCUGAAGAGCUGGAUUCCCUUCGAGGUCGACAAAGUCAACUCCAGGCCCAGGUGGAGAUGUGUAAGGAGAAGAUUGCUUUGGUAGAGGCCAGAGAGCAGGAGCUCCAGGACCAGAAUCAAAGGCUGCAGUGUGAGCUGGACAAGGAACAGGAAGAGGUGAAGCGGCUGCAGCUGUUGGUGGCCACUCGGGGAACACUGUAUGACCAUGAGCUGAAGAAGAAGGAGCAAGAGCUACGGAAGCUCAAGGAGAGAGUCCAGCUGGGAGAACGGCGGGACAAAAGGGCAUCUAUUGACAUUCUGAAUACCCUGAACCGGAUGGAUGGGAAACGCCCAUGGAAGGCAGGCAAGGCUGACAACAAGAAGGAAGGAGAGCUGUUUCGGACUGUGGUGGCAAACCUAGAACACCAAGUGGCAGAAAUGUCCCAGGAGAAUAAAAAGCUGAAACAGAUCUUAGGCCGGAUGGACAGGGAUGUGAUCAGGCUCCUGAGCUUCCCCCAGAGCGAGCCUUCUGAUGAUGAUGGAGAAGUAGCUACAGUGGACAAUGGUGAUGUAAUAUGGAGACACUGGAAUUCCCUCAAGAAGGAGGUGGAAAGAAUGAAGGGAAAUGCCCCAGAAUACCUCUGCAGGGACCCCAUGAGUAUCAUCACAGACCAGGAUAAAGAGCUGGCUCAGCUGCGCCAGGAGAUCCAGCAGAGCCGGGAACUGAUUGUGUGGCAACAGCAGUGUUUCCAGGACCACGUAAACCAAGCAGAGGAACUUCCCCAAGACAUCACAGGCUCCUAUUUCCUGGAGGAGCAGCUGCAGCUUCAGGAGGCCAAGACGGUGUUUGCUCAGCAGCAGGCUGACUUUGAGCUCGAACGGCGUCGUUUUACAGAGGCUGCCAUCCGCCUGGGGCGUGAACGUCGCUGCUUUGAGCAGGAACGGGCCAUGUUCAUGAAGGACUGGCUGCUCCAACAACAGCCAAGUCAUUCCCCAGAGAGUCCACCACUCUAUCCAGAUUUAUCAGCUCCUCAGACCCCAGAGCAACAGCUAUACCCAAAGAGUCCUGGGAUCACUCUCUUUUCCAUAAGCCGCAAAAAGUUGGACAGAAACUGUCCUGGCAAAGAAGCUUACUGGUAACCCCACAGCAUAUAGACUCUUCAAGAAGUUUCCAGUUGGUAGGUAAGGAUAGAGGCUACCUAGAAAUACAAUGGGAUUGGAACAAAAGAGGCUGAAUUUCUUUCCCAGAAUACCCUGCGGUCUUUUACAGGCAUGAUGGACAUAACAUUUAACAUUCUAGACCAUUUUUUUGGAUGGCUUUCUCCAAUAAUCAAUUAUCUUUAUGCAAAAAGUGGAUGUGAAAAUGCGCAAUG